AUGGGGUUGUCCAUUCGAAACUUAAAGGCUUGUGCAAAGACCUUGUACAGAUUCUUAGGAGAGAGAAUCACCAGUACCAGAUCCAUCGAGCUCCCAGUCACUUUAGGAGGCUAUCCAAUCUUGAUAACUAAGAUGCUGGAGUUUAUAGUAGUGGACACCCCAUUAGCCUACAAUGUCCUGUUCGGGAGACUAGCCCUGGUUGGGCAGGGGGCAGCCACAUCUGUUAGGCAUUUGGCUGUAAAGUUCUCAACAGCUAGUGGAAUCGGGACGUUGAAAGGAGAUCCAUUAGCAACUCAAGAAUGCUACAAUAUCUCCAUGAGGGAAAAAGCCAAGCAAGUGCACAUGCAUCAGUAA